UUUGGAUAAAGCUGAAUUAACACAAAAGUUGGAAGUUUCAAAAAAUAUUUGGUUUGUGAAAUACGUCAGCUUUACGCUCGAUAAAUAACUUGACUUAAACAACCUGGAGUGAGUGUUUUUCUAGUAUAGCUGUGUGGCUAUUAGACUAAUUAGAGACGUUUUGGAAGAAGAGGUCUUGAGAUCCGAAGUUUGAAGGUAAGCGGUUAAGGUAGAGUCAAUUUUUCCAACAAGGUCAACAUUAUAAGAUGUGCUUUGCCUUUUUUCGCGACAAAACUGUUUAGUUGAAAUCUUUGUAUGAGUUCAAACGCUAUAACAUCAACUUUUUUUUAUCAAACAUUGAAUCGGUCUUCUUCCACGCUGUACAUGUAAAUCCUAAAAUUCACAAUGCCAAUUUCUCUUUCCGUGUUGCUAAAUUCUCAAUGACAGAUGAACUGUUGUAGGAACCACCUAUUACCAACUAAAAAGAUCAUUUUCAUUGAUUACGUCAUAAGGCGUAUUUUCUGUUACAAUAGUCUUAAACCUCUUGCUUACCAAGUUUGCUAAACCAUAAAUUCAGAAAGGAAAAAGUUCCUUUGAAUGCCGGACCACCCCGUAGGAGAUUGACCACAGACUUAACAAAGUAAAACCACAUCUCUACAAGUCAACGCCAUUGACUCUUGUGGUGGGCACUUUCUAAGAUGUGCAAUCUUUGAUGUUGGAUAAUGGCAGCGAAAUAAAUUGCGAUGAUCCUGAAAAGCUAUAUUAGUACAUGGAUCAUGAUUCAAGGAGUCUAUAAUACAUUCUUUCUCAUCUGUUUCCAGUAGUUAGAAACAGAUCUCUAACAAAUGAGACUGGUAUUUCAGCUAGUUUUUGGUCCCCAUUGGAGUGCUCGGAAGGCUACAAACAAGGUCUAGUUUUACCGAUAAACUAAAAUUAAGAACUCAAAGGAGGAAAACAGAAAAGUAAGUUCUUACAAGAACAGAUGCUGUUACCGUUUAUGUGUAUUACGUAAGGUGGGAUCUGACUUUCCAAACUUAUUAAUAAUUCAAAUGCUAGAUACUGAUGACAAAUUUUCGAUUGUUUUCUCAAUCCUUAAAUUUUACCACCACACCAGUUUGUCUAUAAAGAGCUUUUAUCACUAGAACUACGCAACAAUGUUUUAUCGCAAAAGAUUGUUUCAAUGUUUUUGGUGCUGUGAUAAAAAGACCCCUGCGUCUUGUGUUUGAUUUACAGCACAUAUAUUGCAUGUGCUUGUAUGUUUUGUUUUACCAAUGCAGGUCAUCCGAUAGUAUUCUAGGGUACUGUUUCUUUCAAAUUUUGUCUUAUUCAUCUGCAUAAGUGCGCAUAAAUUAUGAAAAGACAAAGGGGCAAAAUUUCCCUGGGACCUUCAUUGGGAAAACAAAGUAUACACGCAAACAGGGUUUAUUGCAUUCGGCAUCGGGCGGUCGCAACCUAAACUCAACGCGCGAGAAUCGAAGACUAGGCACGAACAUUUAGCAGAAAGGAACUAGAUUCUUGAUACUUUAGGUCAAGUUCCCAGAGCCCUUUGUUUCUUAAGUCUUGUGGUCUUUGUCUCCCUGAGAAAGGGCGUUGCGUGGUGACGAAACAAAGAACGGCUACGCUUUACUAUGUACAACAAGGCAAGCCGAGUGGAUUGCAUUUUUCAAGCCAACUAAACUAAGGUAUAUUUAAGGAUUUCUAGCAAUUUUGCUGGCGGUAUCUCUUUAAAGUCAGCCGCCGAAAGAUAAAGUGUAUCAUCUUUUGAUUUCACAGACAGCUGACAAGCUAUUAGCAGAUUCGGUCACUUGCUAUUAUCAUGAUGAGUAUAUUGAUCUUACUGCUAACCAUAACGUGUGCUGCAACGGCAAUCAGCAAUGGCAAUCAAACCACGCAAACAAUGGUAGGUUUAUAAAAACAGUUAUUUUAAAUCUGACUAGUUCCUGGGCUAGGGGUAGGAAUAAUUUAAACUCUUCUAAGUGGAACUUAAAGCUGAGACAAUUGUCCUCAUUUAAAAUUUGAGGAAACGAAACAAAAAAAAGAAAAAAAAGUCAAAGUGAGAAAAGGUCAAACUGAAUGAAGGGCUUUCCACAAGUUGCUUGGCAAUUAUUUGACAGCUUCUCGUUUUUCGAGCCAUUUUUUUCGUUUCGAGCAACUUUUUGCAUUCUGAGCAAUUUCUUUAGUUAUCUUCUAAUUUUGAAAUAUCGGAGCAGCUUCUAGUGCUUACAUUAGCCUUUCUUCCAUAGUUCAAAAUGUCUUAGAAGACAAUUUAGGAAUUUCCUGUAAGAAAAUGAGCCAAAUCCUGCCUCCGGGGGGCAGAUCAUGGGCUCAAGAUAAAAGUAGCAGGCUGCUAGGUAAGAAGUUUCUCGAGAAAAUUCAAAAUGGUGGACAAAGAUUUACACUCAACUGACUUGAGUGUCUCGGGUGAUGAAGAAGGUCAUUCAACAAUUUUAUUGACUCAUGACAUUUUUUUGGUUUUAAUUGGGGUCAGAGUUAUUUAGCAACGUUGGUUCGCUACAAAAUUGCACAUAAAUGGUUGGAAAUCUUACUUUUGUUGUUUGAUUUGCAUUAUUUUUAGCAUCUGACCAAAAAGUGAGUGUUACUAGUAAGAAAUUGGAGUGGUGAUACUCCGUUCGGAGCAAAUUUCUUUAUGAUUUACCCAGUGCUUUGAAGGCGAUGCAAGAAAUGCUCCCAAUUAAUCAAAAGAGAACUUAUGUUUUAUAUUUUCUUGUUCAAAUUAGCAAUGUCCAUCGUCUUGUAAUUUUGCGUGCGGUAUUCCCGGCAUGCCUGGCAAGCAUGGUUCCAAUGGAGCACCCGGUCGUGACGGACGUGACGGACGUGAUGGCCGUGAUGGAGCUAAAGGUGAUCAAGGGUUAAAGGGGAAGACUGGACCUCAGGGACCUCCUGGUGAUAAGGGACCUGCUGGUGCUAAAGGAGAUCGUGGACCCCGGGGUCCUCCGGGACCUAAAGGGUCAUCUGAACUAAUGCCUUCUAAGAACUGGAAAGAAUGCGUCUGGAGAAACGUGAAUGAUGGAAAGGACACUGGUCUGGUCAAGGUGAUUUGUGUAUUAAGGACUUUUAACUUUAACUAAAGGACGAUAUUCAUAUUCAAACACAUUUCAGACAUUCACUAUAGCUGAUUAUGACAGAACUGUGGAUGCCUUGAGGUCCGUUUUUGACGCCAAAAUUUUCAGAUUAGCCACGCUUUACGUACAACUUGUAAGAGAAAAUACCCAUGCAUUGAAGCCUUUUUAUAGCGGUACCUUUGUGUCCAUGUUUAACAGGAAUGUGUCUUUACCAAAAAACUUUCUGAUACUGCCCUACAUGUUUACUGGACCGGUGCGUUGAGGAUUCACGGCUGUGAUGGCUGCUGCAAACGUUGGUACUUCACUUUCGAUGGCGCUGAGUGUUCUGGACCUCUGCCCAUUGACGGGGUAGCUUACAUGCAAACAGGCAAAAGUCAAGACCUCCAUCGUGUCCGCCAUAUUGAGGGGCACUGCAACAACAUUGACAAAGGACAAGUGCGCGUUGGAUUCUGGAUCGGAAAUUGCAACGGAUAUGGGAACGCUGAUGGGUACACAGGAUGGAAUUCAGUAUCCCGGAUCUUUGUUGAAGAAGUUCCUAAAGCGCAAGCUUAA